AUGAUGUUAAAACGUUUCUAUGCAUCAUUAGGACGCCCGUCAAAUAAUUUAACCUCAGGUAUUGUGGGAUUAGCCAACGUUGGAAAGUCUACCUUUUUUCAGGCCAUCACUAAAUCGAAACUCGGUAAUCCAGCCAAUUACCCCUUUGCUACUAUUGAACCGGAGGAAUCGAAGGUUAUAGUACCUAGUUCUAAGUUAGAUCACUUAUACAGAUUGUAUGAAAGUCAGAAGAAAAUUCCUUCCACUUUGACUGUUUUUGAUAUCGCAGGAUUAACCAGAGGAGCUUCCAGUGGUGAAGGUUUAGGAAAUAAGUUUUUGAAUGAUAUCCGUCACGUUGAUGGUAUCUUCCAGGUAGUACGAGGUUUCGAGAAUGAUGAAAUUACACAUAUUGAGGGAAAUGUGGAUCCAGUUAGAGAUUUAUCAUUGGUUCAAGACGAAUUGGUAUUGAAAGAUCUAGAGUGGUUAGAAGGUGCAAGAGAAAGAAUAAAUAAAAAGAUCAAUAGAGCUCCCAAAAACUCUACUGAGUUUCUAAGCAUGAGCACCGAAUUAAAGCUCUUAGAUGAAGUGGAAGCCCAUAUGUACGAGGGUAAGAAACUAUCACAUUGGAAAAAAGAUUGGUCUGAAGAAGAAAUCAACAUAUUGAACAAACAUAACUUCCUAACAGCCAAGCCAACACUUAUACUUCUUAAUGUGACCCCAAAGGAUUAUUUGUUACAAGAGAACAAAUUCUUGGACAAGAUUAAUAAAUGGUUAGACGAAUUUGCACCAGGGGAUCAAGUCAUGCUAUUUAGCGCCGAGCUAGAAACCAAAUAUAACGAAUUUGAUGAUGAUCUACAACAGUUUGAAAAAUACUGUAAAGAGAUCACUAAUGGCCAAGAUUUGAAGGCACCGCUAACUGCCUUACCUGCGAUCAUUGUAAAAAUGAGAGAAUUGUUACAGUUGAUCAGCUUUUACACUUGCGGACCAAUUGAGGCUCGUCAAUGGACAAUUCUUAAGGGAACUAUGGCUCCCCAAGCAGCCGGUGUCAUUCAUUCCGAUCUCGAACAAACAUUCAUCAGUGCGAACAUAAUCAAAUACGAAGAUGUUAAAGAAAUGGAGCCUCCUUUGCAAGAAUCAGCACUCAAAUCCCAGGGUAAGAUAAAGCGUGGUGGUAAACAGUAUAUUGUCGAAGAUGGCGACAUUAUCCAUUUCAAAGCCGCAAACGGCAAGAAAUAA